UUAGUAAAGUAUAAAAAGGCUUCAAAUAAAUAUUAGUGUUAUAUACUUAUUUUUGAUCAAAUUUGAAUUAUAUAAUGAACUCAAGUUUCCUAGGCCUUAUUAUUUUGCUGACCUUUGCUACCUAUGGACUGGGUUUCAACUAUGGUGUUCCCAUUGUUGGUCGUAAACUAUUGCAAGACUGUUUAUUAUCAGGCGGAAAAGAUAAUAUAUAUUUAAAUGAAGAAGUACCCCAAUUACUACCUAGAAUAUACAUGCACAAGAUUCCUACGAACGUAGAAUUUCUUUCGGUAAGAAAGCCUACUAUGAGAUCUGUGUGCUGUUUUGAAGUGCUUUUCCAUCUACCACCCUUAUAUGUGAUAGGUGUAAAAAUUCCAAACACUCGUCUUAUAGUUUCUACCAACAAUUUGAAGCAACAAUAUGAUAGGAAGGGACUAACCGUAGCUCUACGGAGAGAAUUACCCGAUAUUGGAAUCUAUAGAAGAUUUAGAUUCUAUGUUAGAAAUUUUGCAAAGUCGGCAAUCCUAAAUAUAGCAUUUAUGACUAUAGUUGGAAAUCCUGAUGAAGUUUCAGAAGGAGAAAUAACUUAUAUUAAUGGAAGAAUACGAGCCACCUAUGACCUUAAUACAACUACAACUCCUAAAGCGACUACUACAACCUCAAAUCCACCACUAAAGAUCAGAGAACUAUUGAUAGCUAGAGAAGUGUUGGAAGCCAAAGAACUAAUAAAACCAGAGAACAACGAAAAGCCAGAAACUAAAGAAUAAAUAGCACAAGAAACUAGAACCAUAUAUAUAUUUAUCAUAAUAAUUUUAAAAUUUUCAUAAAAUUUAAUUCAUUUAAACAUAAUAUAAUAAAUGUAAUUUAUUUUCUCCAAAUUUUAAACUUUUAAUAUUAUCAUAUAAUAAUAUUAUAUAUUGAAUUAUCCCAUUAAUUAUUACAAUAAUUAUUAAAAAUAUAUCAUUA